CACGCGCAGUGAUAGCCGGAAGCAUCGAUGGGAGGAAAAUAGAAAUCGAUAAAAUCCACCUGAAUUCGCGAGUGUGAACCUCUGACUUUCUGCUCUUUUCUCCGCGAACCAUCGGCCUGUGGCGCUGCCAGUGUGCGGGGGAGCCGCCGAGGAGAGGGGGAGCUGCUCCGGUCCAACCAAGUUGCUCGGCAGGGGUUCAGCUGACGUGUGGAGAAGUUGAGACUGCCACCGAGCAGAUAAACAAACAUAAACAAGCGGCGAUCAGCUGAGCGGCGGUGCGACCCCAGCCAGACCCCACGGAGCCGUGUCCCCUCUGCAGGAGCCCCCCCACCAUGAUCCACAGGAGACGCUGACUUCCCACGGACACCAGGCUCCAUGUCAACUGUCAACACAAAGAAUCUCCGAGGCUCGACGACACGAGGAGCCUUCAGCAGGAAACCUCUCCGCCUCUGGCACUGUCUCUUUGUCAAGACAGGCUAGCAUGGCCAGCCGGUGAGGCUAGCUUCCAGUGUGCAGCUGUAACCAAACCAAUCCAGAUCCCAGUGCGAGGAGACGGAGAAGUGGGAUCACCAUGGCCCACCAGUCAACCCCGAGUUCCCAGAAGGCCCUGAUGAUGGAGCUGAAGUCCCUGCAGGAUCAGCCGGUGGAGGGCUUCCGCAUCACUCUGGUGGAGGAGUCUGACCUCUACAACUGGGAGGUGGCCAUCUUCGGGCCCCCAAACACCCUGUACGAGGGGGGCUAUUUUAAGUCUCACAUCAAGUUUCCAGUUGACUAUCCAUACUCCCCGCCAACCUUCCGCUUUCUCACCAAGAUGUGGCACCCCAACAUUUAUGAGAACGGAGAUGUGUGCAUCUCCAUCCUGCACCCUCCUGUGGACGACCCUCAGAGCGGGGAGUUGCCCUCUGAAAGGUGGAACCCCACCCAGAACGUCAGGACCAUCCUGCUGAGUGUGAUCUCGCUGCUCAAUGAGCCCAACACGUUCUCCCCAGCCAAUGUUGAUGCCUCUGUCAUGUUCCGUAAAUGGAGAGACAGCAAAGGCAAGGACAAGGAGUAUGCAGAGAUUAUCAGGAAGCAGGUGUUGUCAACAACGGCAGAGGCUGAGCGAGACGGUGUCAAAGUGCCGACCACGCUGGCGGAGUACUGCAUCCAGACCAGGGUUCCCUCCCAGGACAGCAGUUCAGACCUUCUCUACGACGAUCUCUAUGACGACGACAUGGAGGAGGAGGAUGACGAGGAUGACGAGAGCGAAAUGGAAUCUGUAGGCGAAGCCGGUGGGAUCAGCGGCAUGGAGGAUGGCGGGACGUCCACCAGACGCUACGACAACCAGGACGACUCUGGCAAUGAAGACUCGUGAUGAUCUGGAUCAGAACUCCCCCCCCCUGCCAACUCCCACACCACUCCCUUGUUAAGUUGUGUGUGUGGUUAUGUGUGUGUGGUUGUGUGUGUGUUUGCACACACAGUGGGGUCAAAAGUCUACUGCCAAAAUAUUUUCAUCAUUUAUUAAACUAGUACAGAGGAUUGGUCAAAUAAUAGUUCUGUCAGGUACUGUUUUCACUGAAAGUCAGAUUUCCACCGUUUGCCUUAAUUACAGCUUGCACUGCAUCGGUCCAGUAUGAAAUGUCUGGCAGAGUCUGAGAAUUGAAAUUAAUCCAGCCUUGUUUGAGAGAACGCCGAAAGCGUUUCUGAUGUUGCGUUACAUUUUCACAUUUUUUAAAUGUGGAGCCAGAGGAUCCAUCAUCUUCCUCACAGUUUAGAAAUGAUGGCAUGCUUCUGCAGAGUGGAGCAGUAUUAGUUCAUGGUCAGGGAGUGAUUCAUCAUGGGCAAGAGUUCAGACAAGGAAAAACAUCCACACACAUUUUUUAGUUUCGUCCACAUGUUCAACUUAAGGUUUUAAUUUCCUGCUUUGCUUUCUCAUGCAACCAGCUCCUCACAUACUUUAUUGUAAGUGGUUGGGUUGCAACCAGUCUGGCUGAGUCUAAACCAUUAUAGUUUUUUGCUGCAGCCAAUUGAUCUUUUAACUUUAGUUUUGUUUCACCAAUUUGCAUCUUGUAUGCUGACGCAGCACUUUCUGAAGAUGCAGGGUUAGGUCUGAGUGGUCCCCAUUGGGAGGAAAACAAAGGCAAACAGUCUGGCAUUAGAACGAGUAACCAUCACAAAAAUGCAACAUUGUGUAGGAACAUACAUGUGUUGAUAUUUGAAAUUGAAUUCAGCAAUUAUUUGAGAUAUCUUUCCAUUACAUAUACCCGUAAAUUAAUUAUAGAAAUCCCCCCCAACCCCCCCAAAAACAAAUCACAUUUUCAAGUUCUAUAUUAUUUAUUUGAAAUCUAUUCAAUUUAAGUUAAUUUUGGAUUUUGAUAAAUGAUGAAAACAAACUGUCUGUGUGGUGGUCUCUUGAACCCCACUGUAUCUGGGCGGCUCUUUGUCUGCUGACACGUCAGUCUGUAUGGUUUUGUGUUGAAAGACUGUCCUUUUAUGUACAUCUCAGUUGACGUCUUGUCCCUCUUAACUUCUCCCUUGUUUUCUCUGGGAUGGCUCAGACGCUCUGGUUAAUGGACACUUUGUCGUGUCGACUUAUCCACCAGAUGAUGAACUGGGCGUCUUGUCUCGUCAAUGUCCCAUGUCUGAAUAUCUCUGUCCCCCUUAACACCUUUCUAUUCAACUUUGAUGCAAUCAACUUCAACUGAUAACACACAGGCUACACUGUGCCCCCCCCUCCUGUACCUACCUUUACUUCUGUCCAUCACAUCUGUUCCUUCAUUGCUCCAAGCAGCGUCAUUUGUUGUGGGGGUGAACAAGGUGAAGACCUUUGCUCACACCUCCUCCUAGACCUCUCUCUGCCUCUUAAACCUCAGGGCCUCUAUAGAUUUUCACCGAGAGAAAGAAAAUAGUCAUAGAGAAACCGAAGACAACAAACUGCAACUCACCGGCACCGUUUUUCUUAUUUUCUGGGUGUUAUUAGAGAGCAGAGAGUGAACUGAAUUCUCCAAACCCAGCGCCAGCGUGUUUACACAUGACUGAGUGUAGCUGUUGGUCCUGAUUAGGGUUAUUUGCAGUAGUUUUCUUCUUGGUAGGCUAGAGUCAAAAUUGAAGAAAAAAAAUCUACAUACACCCGUAGGGACUUGGUCCGCAAGCCAGUGGUCACAUUAUUUUGCAAUAGAUGUGAAAAUGUUACAUUUUGCGCUGUGACUCCAAAUCAUGCUUUAAAUAGUGAAAACUGGACGUUGUUACUGUGCUGAAUCACUUGCAAAGAUCAACAGGGACAAAAUCAACAUGCCGCUUCGCUACACACGCAUUUGAAUGAAUAUGACACUGAUUGCCUGUUAUUUGUUUUUGUGUGUGUGUCUGUGUGUAUCUACAUUAACUACUCAUCCAUUGACUGUGAUGUCAGGGUUUUUAUGUUCCUGUCUCUGUGGAAUCGGUCUGUCACACGAAUGAGUUUGCCCAAAUGACCCUUUUGGGCUUUGUCCAGUCGAGAAAACAUUCAGUGUGUUUUCCCUGUGCUGCUUCAGUGGGUCUGAAUUCACUGAGAGAUUUGACUGAUUUAAAAAGAACACCCUCUGAGUAUUAAACUUGUGAAGACACUGAACAGACAAAUAUGACCUGUAUGGCAUGGAGUAAACUACACGGGUGAGCUGGGCAACAGUUGUGGGUGAGAAUCAUUUGCCCUGUUCAACAGGACGGACGGAGCACACCUUUGAUUCACACAGCUGGAUUUUAUGCAAAGUUCAAAGAAAACCCCUGCGACUGCUCAUGUUCAAGACUAUGGAGCCAUGGAUGCAUGUAGUGGAUUUAACGCUGUUUGAAUAAACUCUUAAAGAGAUUCCUUUUGGAUUUUAAUGUGAAGCCAAAGGAGAGGAACACUUUCUCCCGGCCCGGCCGGCCGCUGAGCUUUAGCGGCUCACAGAGACUAGAUUCUGUGCAGGACUCGGAGAGGAAGUCUCCUGAACCGGAUCUUACUUGGAUUUGAUAUCAAGGCACAACAGGAAGUGGAGCGACGCCAGAGAUUCUGAACUUUUAUUAAUGUGGUACCCAUGUUUGCCCAUUCAUCACCAUAUAGAGAAGUGGAGUUAUAGUCGGUAACAGAAAGAACCAAUCUCAUGUGUGCCUUCAAAAGGGAUAUUUUGUUAUUUGGGUGAAUAUGCUUAUUUGCUUUCUGGUGGCGAGUUACAGAGAUCAAUACCAUCUCAUGUCUGUCAAAUAUGAAGCUAGCAGUUAGCUUACCUAAUCACAAAGACUGAAAAUGUCCAGCAGUAACAACAUUCACAGCAGCACCAGUUCAGAUUAGUGAUUAUUAUAUCGUCAACAACUUAGGAGCAAAGAUUACAGUUUGUCAUUUGUCAUAUACUUGUCGGGGUCUCUCUGCUCAUAGCCUGACCACUGCUUUAAGCAAAUCGUCCAGCACAUAAAAUGACAUAAAACAAGUUUGGUUUAGAUAGAAAAAGAUGUUAGUGAUUAAGCUGUAGGUGAUAGGAGGCUCCUUUUGGGAAUCAUAGACAGGAGCAGGCUGCUUGCUGUGGCUUUAUGUGGAGCAGGCAGCCAGGAGGAGAGCGCUAUCAGUCUUCUCAUCUAACUCCCUGACGAAAAGUGAGCACGCAUAUUUCUUCAGAAUAUUUAACUAUUCCAAUUUACUUUUAAAAACUAAAACUACAGCCAGCAGCAGAUUAGUCUAGCUUGUCACAAAGUCUGGGACAGUACUGCAUCUGUCCAAAGGUAACAACAUUUACCAGCACUUUUUUAAGCUCACUAAUUAAUAUAUUGGUGGUAAUUCAAAAAACAACAUUGUAUAUUUAUGUCUAGUAAAAAAUUUCGCUGCCACAUCAUUUAUCUGCGUUUUCUGAGAACCAUGCUAGUGGUUUCCCUCUGUUUCCGGGCCUCGUGCUAAGCUAGGCUAACCUGCAGGCUUGCAGCAGCAUCAUAUUUCACUGACAUACAUGAGAGUGGUUUCAAUCUUUUCAUCUAACUCUCAAGUUAUCAAAGGGUGGCCCCCCCAAAAUGUGGAUUUUCUGCUUUUAAAGCCAAGUUUUUGCCUCUGAUUGCAAGUUAAAAGUCUGAAUCUGCAUCAUUGUUUUUGUUAGAGUAAAAUCCGGGCGUAUUACAGCCCUCACAUUAGUAAUUGAAUGAUCAGUCUAGAGCUCUGCGAUAUUAGAAUCAUCCACUUAAAUGUUUGCCUUGGGUUUAAUAAGGAGUGCAGGUGUAGCAAAGAUAAGGAGGGACGGGGAUUCCCAAACUCAACCCAAGUAAUGACACACACUAAAAAUGGAUCACAGUCUAAGAUAUUGAGAUAUUAUUCUAUACACACUGUUACGUACAAAAGAGACUGAAUGACAUCAUAUUGUUCAUCUAAUCCGUGUGUGUGAGCAUGUGUGUGCACAGUUGUGUGUUUUUUGAACUUUGGGGGGG